GCGGGGGCCUUUAAGAGGCGCGGCCGGCCAGGACCCGACCUAGACGCGGGCUGCGCCUGGACUUCCCGUCGCUGCACUCGGGCCGCGCCGCAGCGCUCCGGCGCCUCCUCCUCUCGAGACCGCCCUCUGCAGCGAUGGAAGGAGACGGGGAACCAGAGAGCGUGGGCCAGCCGGAGGAGGGGUGCGCGGAGGAGUCCAUCGCCGGGGCGGAGCGCCCCGAGGAAGAGGAGGAGGCGGCGGCGGCGUCCCUGGACGAGCUGCCCGAGCCGCUGCUGCUGCGUGUGCUGUCCGAGCUGCCGGCCGCCCAGCUGGUGCAGGCCUGCCGCCUGGUGUGUCUGCGCUGGAAGGAGCUCGUGGACGGCGCCCCGCUGUGGCUGCUCAAGUGUCAGCAGGAGGGGCUGGUGCCCGAGGGCGGCGCGGAGGACGGGCGCGACCACUGGCAGCAAUUCUACUUCCUGAGCCAGCGGCGGCGCAACCUGCUGCGCAACCCGUGCGGGGAAGAGGACUUAGAGGGCUGGAGCGACGUGGAGCACGGUGGGGACGGCUGGAGGGUGGAGGAGCUGCCCGGAGACAGUGGGGUGGAAUUCGUCCACGAUGAGAACGUCAAGAAGUACUUCGCCUCUUCCUUUGAGUGGUGUCGCAAAGCGCAGGUCAUUGAUCUGCAGGCUGAGGGCUACUGGGAGGAGCUGCUGGACACCACGCAGCCGGCCAUCGUGGCAAAGGACUGGUACUCGGGCCGCAGCGACGCCGGCUGCCUGUAUGAGCUCACGGUGAAGCUGCUGUCGGAGCACGAGGACGUGCUGGCCGAGUUUAACAGCGGGCAGGUAGCAGUGCCCGCAGACGGCGAUGACGCCGAAUGGAUGGAGAUCUCCCACACCUUCACCGACUACGGGCCCGGCGUCCGCUUCGUCCGCUUCGAACACGCGGGGCAGGACUCGGUCUACUGGAAGGGCUGGUUCGGGGCCCGGGUGACCAACAGCAGCGUGUGGGUGGAGCCCUGAGUGACCCCUCCUCCAGCCUCCCCCAGCUGCCCGGGAGGGGCAAGAGCCCGGGGUUAGAUAGCUUUAGUGGUCAGCAGCCUCACCUCCCCCCCCUUGUGCACCCGCCCGCUGCUUCUCCAGCCCAGCCCCCACACCAAGGAGAAAGGGGUUUUGUUGGCGUGUAUUUGCAUCUGGAAAAAUAAGCCGGAUGACGGUGGGGGCCUGCGCUGGGCCCACCGCUGAAUCCCCUGCACCUAGCACAGUGCCUUCCACAAAGUGGGCGCUCAAUAAAUAUUAUUUGUCCAAGAA